GGACAAUCAAUAAUGAAGACCAAAGAAGAACUGAUGCCUUUGAAUUGUGGUGUUGGCGAAGAAUAUUGUAUAUACCAUGGACUUUCAGAAGAACGAACAAAUCUGUAUUGGAAGUAGUACAGCCAGAACACUCCUGAGAAGCCCUGGUGGUGAGACUUUGUCUCACAUACUUUGGUCAUGUUAUCAGGAGGGAUCAGUCCCUGGAGAAGGACAACAGCCUUGAUGAAGUAGAGGGUCACUGAAAAAGAGGAAGACCCUUAACAAGACGGAUUGACACAGUGGUUGCAACAACAGGCUCGGGCAUAACAACAAUUCUGAGGAUGGCGCAGGCCUGGGCAGUGUUUUGUUCUGUUGUACGCCGGGGUACUAUGAGUUGGAACAGACUCGACAGCAGCCAACGCCACCACAGAAGAUAUUAAUACGAUCAGUUUGAUGCUCCUAAGUAUUUCUAUACGUAAUUUUAAAUCUUCCUGAAGGUGAAAGAUAUUUCUCAACAAGGCCAUUGGGGGUUACCUUCCCAAGCGACAGGAAAGGGGGGCAUUUAAUGAGACUGAGAUUUAACACCAAGAUUUCUCUUCUGACCUCAACUGUGAGACUGAACCCCUUUUAUAACCACCAUGACAAUGCUGAGGCUUACAAGGUGGUGGAUCAGAUAGCCCACAGCCUAGGGCUUCAAUCAUAACAUUAUUUAAUUUUUAAAUCUACAUAUCUACUCUCCGUCCAGUUUGUUGCACCACUUUUUUGGAUUCAGUGUAUCUGUUUACUGCUUCAUUUUUUGAAUUCUUGUUGGCUCUGGAACCAGAUUGUCUCGGGUUGAAUCUUGGUUUUGCCAAUUAUUAGCUGUGUGGCCUUGGGAAGACAGUUAACCUCUUGUGCCUCGGUUUUUUUUUAUCCACAAAGCGGAGUUUAAUAGAAGUACCUACUCACAGGAUCAUUCCAAAGACUGAAUGAGAUAAUGCAUGUAAAGCCCUGUAGAACCAGAUGGCUAUUGUUAUCAUGAUUGUCUGUUAGGACCACAAUUUGUAGAGAUAUUCAUAGGAUAUCUAAUUGGAUUCUGUGUUUUUGAGGCUGUUACAACUUCUAAGGUUAUUCCAAUAAUCCAUUUCAUCUCCCUGCCUUUAAGAAUGUCAAAUGCUCCCCCUGCUGGACAAUAUCUCAGCUUGGGCUGAGCCCCAGAACCUGCAGAUCCUUCCAUUCUUUGUUGGACAAUUUCCUCCAAAGUCUGGGUGUUUAGCAAAGUGGGUUGAUGGCCCUUUAAGAGGCAGCAGCUAGUUCCAGUUGCUGUGGAGACAGCUGGACACUUACCGGGUAGAAGCAGGCAGCCAUGUCCUACAAACUUCAUUCCACAGGACUCAGAGCCAAGGACCACCAGCCCUCAUCCCAGAAGGAGAGUCUGCCACUCCCAGAAGCCAAUGGGGAAGCCAUCAAGUUCCUCACAUCCCUCCAACCUAAGGAGCUGCAGCUGCUAUUCUUCUCCGAGACUCUGACCAUGGUCUCAGACACAGGGGAGCCCCUGGGAGAGCUGACCAUUGAUGUGCAGAAAGGGAAAUACAGAGAUGAACUCGGGGUCAUCUCAGACUGCCUCAUCGUGCAUGCCUUCAACCGUGGCUACUUGGACAACACGCUCUGUGGAAACUCCCUUUUGGGCUAUCUCUCGGGGAAAAUGGAGAUCAUGGAACAACAUAGCCAUGAGUUCAUCAAGUUCCUUGUCCUCCCAAUGGAAAGGAAGACCAGUUUAGUGAGGCAGGAAGAUCAGCUGGCCAUGACCAGGAUUGUCAAGGAGGGGGAGGAAAUGAAGACCGAAGUGACUUUCUUCCCCUGGAACUCAAUCGCUGGCUUCAUCUCUGAGGCUGCCAACUUGGUGUUGCUGAGGGCGAUGGGCCGGCGGCAGAUGGUACCCAGCAACGCCUGCUUCCUUGCCUUGGACACGGAGGGGAAACUCUGCUAUUCCACUUACCAAGCCCUGGGCUUCCAGACAAUCCAGGUGGGCCGUCAGCAGGCGGAAGUUUUCAUCGUGGAGCAGACCGUACACUCAGAGGAGGGCAUCCCCAUGUCCUGCCAGUUCUACCUGUUCUCUGAUGGGCACCUGGCCAAGAGAGUCCAGGUGGGCUCCCCUGGGUGCUGCAUCAUCACCAAGAUGCCCAUCUUGAGGGAGGAGGAUGAGGUUGAGCCUCCUCCUGUGUUUGAGAAGAAGCCCCUAGCGUGGGAGGAGGAUAUGGAGCUCUACUCGAGGUUUCUGGACCGAAAGGAGGAGCUCCGACUCUGCCACACCAGCUACAUGCGACACCACCCUGAGGCCCAGGCGCUCAUCUCGGACUUCCUGCUCUUCUUGCUGCUGCGCCAGCCUGCGGACGUGGUCACCUUUGCCGCCGAGUACUUCGGUCCCUUCGCGGUGCGCCGCCGGCCGGCCCCGUCCCUGCGCUCGUCCAACCGACCCAGCCCUUUCCGCUCGCUGGCCCCGGAGCAGCCCUCCAGCAGCGGGUCCCCACCCGCCUCGGGGGAGGGCUAGGCAGCCGACGGGAGGAGAGCGCGUCCGGCCGGGCCCCGCGGGCCGGAACGGGGCAGGAAGCCGGGCGUCGGCGAGGGCGCGCUUUCCGGGCUGCGGUUUUGUAGGAAUAAACUGGACCCUCCCGCUGCUCUGCUGGGCGCGCAGACACCUUCCUGGCAGCGUCGUACGUCAGGCUAAAAAUAGGAGCCGCUGACAGCAUUUAUGGAGUGAAUUUCAGUCCUUCUAGAAAAGACUAUUACGAUCAUUAUUAUCGUCAUUUUGCAGAUAAGAAAAUAGAGGCACAGACAGGUUAAGUAACUCGUAGGGCUAGAAUGUGAAGAAGUAGAAUUCGAGCCCAGACUCUUAGCCGUUAGUUUAGUGGGAAUGGCGGGGGGGGGGGCGCUUUUUCACAUUCGGAGUCUUUAUGGCGACCACCGAGCAUAAUUGCCCUCUCCACCCCACCCCCAAACUGAAAGAACACACAGAAGAAAGAAUGGGGGUUGGAGCCCCUUUGACCUUGCUUGUCACCUCUGAAGCCUCCCCAAACGCCCACCGCCAACUUUCAGGCUCCACUUUCUAUCCAUUGACACACAGUAGCUCCCAAACUGCGGACCCUGGGUCCCCUCCCUUUUCCCACUGACAUAGAGUAACUUCGAAACUGUGCAGGGACCCUGGGUCCCCUCCCCUUUCCCACUAACACAGAGUAACUUCGAAACUGUGCAGGGACACUGGGUCUCCUUCCCGUUCCCACUGACACAGAGUAACUUCGAAACGGUGCAGUGACCCCUGGUCUCUUCCCCGUUCCCACUUCAGGAGCCCCAAGCUGUGCAGGGUUCUCAAGUCUUCUCCCCAUUCCCGCUGUCAGAGAGGAACCCCAAACUGCAAAGUCCCUGGGCCUCCUCCCCGUUCCCACUGCCAAGAGCCCCAAACUGGGCAGCGUCCCCGGGUCUCCUCUGUUUUCCCACUGACAGAGAGGAACUGUGAGACAAUUCGUGGUCUCCUGCCCUCCUCUCCGUUCCCACUGGCACAGAGGAACCCCUAAACUGCACGAGGCCCCAGUUAACCAAUUUCUCCUCUAGAAAAUCGGUGGGCAGGUAGUGUCACCUCCUUAGACUCCCUGUUUGAUGUCAGCUGUGGCCAGCGGCUUGUUUCUGCCUGCUGGCUGAGGCUCGGUAGCUUUGUAAAUAUUAAACAUGACCCCUUGAGGCAGCUGGUAAUGAGGGUGCAAGCUCCAUCCCUCCACCCAUUCAAUCACUGGAAGCUUUUAUUUAACACCUGGAUAACUCAUGAAUGGAAAUAAGCUCAGGGCACGCUACAACACCACCUUUGAGAUGAAACAUUGCUCAUCCAUCAGUUUGUGGUACUGUGGUGGCUUGUGUGUUGCUGUGAUGCUGGAAGCUAUGCCGCAGGUAUUUCAAAUACCAGUAGGACCACCCAUGGUAAACAAGCUUCAGUGGAGCUUCCAGACUAAGACAGACUAGGAAGGAGGCCCUGGUGAUCUACUUUUGAACAUUAGCCAAUGAAAAUCACAACAGAACAUUGUUCGUCAUUCUGUUGUACAUGGGGCCACCAUGAGUGGAUGGACAGGGCAACUAACAACAGUAACACUGUGAGGUGAGAGAAUACAAAGAAGCUUUGCACUCUGGGGGACAAUACGAGCCACUAUCUACAAGGCUGGGGGGCAGGGAGUGAGGAAUCGGGGAAUCAGGGAAGAUGACAUGGAGAGUUAUUUCAGUUGAGCCUUGGAGAAUUUUUUUAAAAUAUAUCCUUUGUUGUCCUCUUUCCCUUAAAAAGAAAUACAUGUUUAUUAGAGAAAACUUUAAAUAAGGAAGAUAAACCAAAAGAAGAAAAAUGGAACCACCCAAUUCCUCUACCUGGAGGCAGCCACCCUUGGCACUUUUGGCAAAUAUCCUCUCUGCUUUUCUUUCUAUGGAUAAAUGCUCUGGUGUUGUUUGAACAUUUUUUCUGUCAAGCACUUUUAUAGAUUGUUUGGUCUGGUCUUCACUACCCCGAGAGAGAGAUUUUAUUUUAUUUUUAACAAAAAUGAGAUCCUGUAGUAAUACCUGUUCAUUAAUUGUUAAUUGAAUAUUUAUUUAUAUUUUUUGUAAACAUUUCAAACAUCACAGGUAUCUAAGUCUCCUUAGAUUUCCACUCCAGUCUCAUAGUGUUUUGUAAGCUUUUCUCAUGUGUUGUAACUGGCUGUUUCAUUUAACAAUAUAUUUUGAAAAUCUUUUCAUGACAUCACACAGCCUUCUAUUUUUGAUGGCUGUUACCAAUAUUUAGGAAACCCUGGUGGCAUAGUGGUUAAGUGCUACGGCUGCUAACCAAAGGGUCGGCAGUUCAAAUCCGCUAGGUGCUCCUUGGAAACUCUAGGGGGGCAGUUCUACUCUGUCCUAUAGGGUUGCUAUGAGUCGGAAUCGACUCGACGGCACUGGGUUUGGUUUUUUUUGGGUUUGGUACCAAUAUUUAACCACUCUUCCUACCCGUCACCCCAUUUUCAGCUACUGUAAACAAUGCUGCAUCAAACAUUCUUGUAGCUAAAUGUUUGCCUGUAUCAAUAGUAUAUCAAUGUAUUCCGCAAGAAUACAUUCUGAGAAGCAGAAUGGUUAGAUCAAUUUUAAGGAUUUGUUAACUUACUGGCAAAUUCUAGAUGGGUAGGAUUUUAGUAAGAGUCUGGUAAAGAAUUCUAGGCAGAGAAAAUGACAUGAGCAAAGUGUAGACAGGUAAGAAAGUGUAAUGCAUGUUCAUGGUCUAAAGCAACAUUGUCCAGUAGAACUGUCUGCAAUGAUGGAAAUGUUCUACAUCUGCGAUGUCCAAUAUGAUAACAUUAGUGAUAUGUAUCCAGUGAGCAUUUGAAUGUGGCUAGUAUGAUUGAGGAACUGAAUUUGUAAAAUAAUUUUUAUUGUACUUUAGAUGAAGGUUUACAGAACAAACUAGUUUUUCAUUAAACAGUCAGUACGCACAUUGUUCUAUGACAUUGGUUGACAAACCCACGACAUGGCAACACUCUCCCUUUUCAAACUUGGGCUCCCUAUUACCAGCUUUCGUGUUCCCUCCUACAUCCUAGUCCCUGUCCCUGGGCUGGUAUGCCCCUUUAGUCUUGUUUCGUUUCAUGGGCCUGUCCAAUCUUUGGCUGAAGGGUGAACCUCAUGACAGACUUGAUUACUGAUCCGAAAGGGUAUCCGGGGGCCAUGCACUCAGGGUUUCUCCAGUCUCUGUCAGGUCAGCAAGUCUGCUCUUUCUUUUUGAGUUAGACUUUUGUUCUACAUUUUUCUCCAGCUCUGUCCAGGAGGAACUGAAUUUUCAAUUUAGUUUCAUUUUAAUUAAAUUUAAAUAGCCACAUGUGGCUAGUGGCUACCAUACCAGACCUCACAGAUCUAGAAGAUGAGAUCUUUUCACUCAGUCAGGCAGUCAGCCCAACAAAUACAGGGCUCCUUCCAUGCGCCAUGUCUUAGUUAUCUAGUGAUGCUGUAACAGAAAUAUCAAGAGUGGAUGGCUUCAAAAAACAGAAGUCUAUUCUCUCACGGUCUAGUAGACUGGAAGUCCGAAUUCAGGACAUCAGUUCCAGGGGAAGGCUUUCUCUUUCUGGACUCUGGAGGAAGGUCCUUGUCAUCAAUCUUACCCUGGUCAAGGAGCUUCUCAGCACAGGGACCCCAGGUCCAAAGGACACACUCUGUUCCUGGCACUACUUUCUUGGUGGUAUGAGGUUCCCUUGUCUCUCUGCUUGCUUCUCUCUUUUAUGUCUCAAAAGAGAUUGACUUAAAACCCAGCCUAAACUUGUAGAUUGAGUUAUUAAUCUACCUGCCUUAUUAACAUAACUGCCUCUAAUCCUGCCUCAUUAACAUCAAAGAGAGAGGAUUUACAACAUAUAGGAAAAUCACAUCAGAUGACAAAAUGGUGCAUAAUCACAUAAUACUGGGAAUCAUGGCUUAGCCAAGUUGACACAUAUUUUUGUGGGACACAAUUCAAUCCAUAACAUUCCACCCUUUGGACUCCCAAAAUUCAUGUACUUUCCACAUGUAAAACACAUCAGGACUGUUCUGGGCAAUGAAAGAUUAGCAGUGACAAGAUGGAUAAAAUCUCUUGUCUUCAGGAGCUUACAGUGUGGAGAGAUGGAUGAUCAACACAAAAGGUAAUUUCAUAUAUUUACAAAAAAUAAUAAAGCUGAGUAGUAAGUACAAAGUGACUCAGGUUUGGAGGGUUGACAUUGAUAUAAUCCACUGAUCCCUUUCAGAUUUCCCAUGUUACUUGUACUCAUUUGUUCUAUACAACGUACAAUAUCCACUACUACUGUCAAGAUACUGAACAGUUCCAACACCACAAGGAUCCUUCAUAUUGACAUUUUAUAACUACACCUACCUCCCUUUCCACCCUCCACCUCACCCAUCCCUAACCCAUGGCAACCACUAAUCUGACCUUCAUGUCUAAAAUUCCAUCAUUGCGAAAAUGUUAUAUGAAUGGAAUCAUACAGUAUCUAACCUUUUAGGAUAGCCUUUUUUCACUCAGCAUAAUUUCCUGGAAAUUCAUCACAAGUUAUUUUCAACAGAAAAUAGAAGACUAAAACAACACUAUAAGCAAACUAGAUCUAACACAUUGUCUUCGUUACUUACAAAUACUGUAAGUAGGUGCUUUAAAGAACAAAAAUUAAUUUUCUUACAGUUCUGGAGGCUAAAAGUUCAAAUCAGGGUCUUGGCCAUGUCAAUCUCUUCUACGAGUCUCUCUCCUAGUUUCUGGUGUCUGCUGGAAAUCUUUGGCAUUCCUUGGUGUUUUCUGGUGUCUGUCUUCCCCCUGUGUCUGUCUCUGUGUCUACUCUGCUCUUUUGAUAACUCAAAAGUGAUUAGGUUUAGGACCUACUGUAUAUGGGUAUGCCCUAAUUAACAUCACAAAGAAAACCCCUAUUUCCAAAAGGGUCAUACUCACAGGUACGGGGGUUACAAUUUGUCUUGGUUAUCUCGUGCUGUUGUAAAAGAAAUACCACAAGGGGAUGGCUUUCACAAAAAGAAAUUUAUCUCUGCAUAGUAAAAUAGGCUAAAAGCCCAAAUUCAGGGUAAGGCUUUUUCUCUCUGUCAGCCUUCUCAUCCAUCUUCCUCCGGACUAGGAGCUUCUCCAUGCAGGGACCCUGUCACUGCUUUCUUGGUGGUAUGAGGUCUCCCACUCUCUGCU